AUGGGCAUUUGGAAUCAAGUUACUUUGCUUAAGUGCCUAUGGAAUAUAUCUAUGAAGCUGGAUAAUUUGUGGGUGAAGUGGGUGCAUCUAUACUACCUGAAGAGGCAGACUGUGUGGAAUGCUCCUAUUCCUUCCAAUUGCUCCUGGAUCAUGCGGGCUAUAUUUGAUAGGAGAAGCGAUGUCCACGAACACCAACAAACUUGGCAGAUGAUGCAGGCCAAGGGUAAGUUUACUAUGAAAACCAUGUAUGACAAACUGAUCCCUGAUGUUCCUACUGUGAGCUGGAGUAGGCUUAUUCAGCAUAACCAAGAGAGGCCUAGAGCAAUUGUGAGCUUAUGGUUAGCUUGUCAGGAUCGAAUGGCAACCAAAGUUAGGCUAAAAAGAAUCAGAUUGUUACAAAAUGAUCUAUGCAGUUUCUGCAAUGAGGCUCCUGAGGAUUUUAAUCACUUACUCAUUGACUGUAGGAUUGGUUCUGAGGUGUGGAAGAAUGUGAUCCAAUGGCUGCAAGUGAGGCAUACCCCGUGUAACUGGCAGGAGGAACUCAACUGGCUAGUUAAUAGUACUCGUGGGAAGGGUUUUAUGCAAACCAUGAUCAAGCUCUCGAUUGCUGAAACUGUGUAUGGGCUGUGGAUAUACAGAAAUACCAAUAUUUUUGAUAGGGAUAAAGUGGAUAGUACUCAUACUGUAGUUAGGAAAAUUGUUGAUAUGAUAGUGCAAAGAGGUUGGAUGAAAGUCAAGUAUAGAAGCAAAUUGGCUUUACUCAUGUUAUAG